AUAAAAUAUCAUGCUUUUCAGAGUUUCAGGAAGAAUUACAUCAAAGGUAUAAAUAAAGAGAAUAAUUAUAGUCUUAAUUCAAAUUUUCAACAGUAAGAGCUUAAUUACAUGAUUUAUUAUACAGAGACGAUAAGUCUUCUGAUCUUUACAAACUUGCUGCAGGUUGUCCAAAAUCUGCAGUAGGAUAAUAAGGAAAUGAGAUUAGAGAAUAGGAAAGAAGAUAUGAGGUAACAAAAUUGUCAAAUGGUAUUACUGUUUUGACAGAAAGUGCUUCAUCUCCUUCAAGAGUAGAUGUUGGAAUACUUUUGGAUGUUGGUACAAGAGAUGAAACAAAUGAAACAUCAGGAUCAUUAUUAUCAAUAAAGAAUACUUAUUAUAAGACUGUUUUAAAUACAAAUGAGACAAUCAAUUAGUAAAGAAUUAGCACCUAAUAUAUUUAGUGGUGUUAUUCAAUAAUCUGGAGGUGAAUUUGAAAUGGAUUAUGAUUAAGAGAAUGCAUACUUCAAAGCACAUUGUUUAGCUCACGAUGUUGUAGAUGUCUUUAAAGUAGUAGCUGAUUGUGCAUUGGAGCCAAGAUCAGUAGUGGCUGCAAAUUCUGCUAUUGAAAAAAAUUAUGGUACACAUAAUUUAGAAAAUAUAAUUAAAAGUAAAUAAAUAAAAGAUUUAAUUUAAAGGUGGAGAAGGAUUUAAUGAAACCAUCUUUAAAACAGCAUUUGGUUUGAAUGGUUUGGGUAUGCCAUUGAGAGGAUUUAAAACUAAUAUUGGAAAUUUGAGUGCUUAUACAAUUUAGAAGUUUUAAUUGGAAAAUAUUAAUCCAUCAAAAAUUAUUGUAGCUGGUGCUGGAAUUUAUAAUCAUAGUGAAUUUGUAAGUUUGGUUUAAGAUUCUCUUGGAUUUAUCCCUGCAGGUUAAACUGGUAAAGUUAGAGCAUAGACAUAAUAUGUUGGAGGUGAAGUUAGAAAUUUGACUGAUGAUAAUGAAAUUGCAAUUGCACUCUUAUUCCCAUCUGUAAAUUGGACAAAUUCAUAAGCUGCAGUAUUUUAAGUACUCAAUGCACUUUUGGGAUUAUAAGGAAGUGCUCAAUCUAGAUUAUAAAGAAAUAGUAUUUAUUAAUUUAAUAGUAAAUAGUCUUAAACAAGAAUUCUUAUGCUGAUGUUGUUGAAAGCUUGAACUUUACUUUUUCUGAUGCUGGAUUAUUUGGAGUCAAAAUUAUUGGAUCAGCAGACAAAGGAUCUGAAUUACUUGGCAGUGUAGUAAAUGAAUUGAAAACACUUACAGGACCUAUUUCAAACACUGAACUAACUAGAGCUAAGAAUAUCCUUAAAACUCAAUUAUAUUUGGCUCUUGAAAGAACUUCAGACAGAUUAGAAGAAGCAGCUAAAAGCGUAUAAUUAUUUAAUUUAUUUAUUUAGUUGAAAGUAUUCAAUGCAAUUAAAUUGAAUGAAUAUGCAUCUUAUAUUGAUGCUGUUACAUCUGAUUAAAUUAAUAAAGCUGUUGUUGAUUUAUUAAAGAAUAGACCUACUUUAGUUGCUGAAGGAGGAUUAGCAAACAGAUUACCUACAUUUGACUAGGUUUUGAAUCAAUUAAAAUGAUUCUAUCAUCAAAUUAUACAAUCU